UGGGCCCUUCAGGCAUCUUGGACAGCCUUUUGUCUGCGUUCUGAUUGGUCACCUCACAUUGACGUCCCUUUGACAAGCAAAACAGUGCUAACCUGAGUGUUGCCGCAAGAAAAGAGACGCUCUGUACAAUAUUUCAUUUUGUACUCUGCAACAAUGUCUGAGGAGCGAUCUGAGAGAUCUGAUGGGAAGAUUGUGAAGAUGGAGGUUGACUACAGUUCAACUGUAGACCAACGGCUCCCGGAAUGUGAAAAAAUGGCUAAGGAGGGAAAGCUACAGGAAGCCAUUGAGAGCUUGUUGUCAUUAGAAAAGCAAACCAGAACGGCAUCAGACAUGGUGUCAACCUCCAGAAUCCUUGUGGCUGUGGUCCAAAUGUGUUAUGAAGCCAAGGACUGGGAUGCCCUGAAUGAAAAUAUCAUGCUGCUCACCAAAAGGAGGAGUCAGCUGAAACAGGCUGUUGCCAAAAUGGUGCAAGAAUGUUACAAGUAUGUGGAUGCUGUGACGGAUCAGACCAUCAAGCUCAGACUUAUUGAUACUCUGCGCACUGUCACUGCUGGAAAGAUCUAUGUCGAAAUUGAGCGUGCCCGGCUCACAAAGACCCUUGCAAAUAUGAAGGAGCAGAAUGGAGAUGUCAAAGAGGCUGCUUCCAUUCUUCAGGAGCUGCAGGUGGAGACAUAUGGCUCCAUGGAGAAAAAGGAGAAGGUGGAGUUUAUUUUGGAACAGAUGAGGCUUUGCAUUGCUGUUAAGGAUUACAUUCGCACCCAGAUCAUCAGCAAGAAGAUAAACACCAAAUUCUUUCAAGAGGAGGGCACAGAGGAGUCGAAGCUGAAGUAUUACAACCUGAUGAUCCAGGUGGACCAGCAUGAGGGCUCCUACCUGUCUAUAUGCAAACACUACAGGGCCAUUUAUGACACCCCCUGCAUCCUGGAGGACAGCAGCAAGUGGCAGCAGGCCCUUAAGAGUGUGGUGCUGUAUGUGAUCCUCGCCCCUUAUGACAAUGAGCAGUCGGACCUUGUGCACAGAAUCAGCGCUGACAAGAAAUUGGAAGAAAUCCCUAAAUACAAGGACCUUCUAAAGCAGUUCACCACCAUGGAGUUGAUGCGCUGGGCCUCACUGGUGGAGGACUAUGGCAAGGAGCUGAGAGAGGGCUCACCUGACAGCCCCGCAACAGACGUCUUCUCAUAUUCAGAGGAAGGGGAGAAAAGGUGGAAGGACCUGAAAAACAGGGUGGUGGAGCAUAACAUCAGAAUAAUGGCUAAGUAUUACACCAGAAUCACAAUGAAGAGGAUGGCGGGGCUGCUUGACCUCUCUAUUGACGAAUCAGAGGAGUUUCUCUCCAGUCUCGUGGUUAACAAGACCAUCUACGCCAAGGUUGACCGGCUUGCUGGCAUCAUCAACUUCCAGAGGCCCAAAGACCCCAAUGACCUGCUCAACGACUGGUCGCACAAACUCAACUCGCUCAUGUCUCUGGUCAAUAAGACCACUCACCUCAUUGCCAAGGAGGAGAUGAUCCACAACUUGCAGUGACACAAGAGCACAAACCAUCUUUUUAUGAUCCGAUUCAUAUUCAUUUUUGUUCUUUGUGGGAUUUGGGGGUGGGGGGGCCCGGUUCUUUCGAAUAUAUGUUAUACUGGCUAAAUGUCACUGCAGACUUAUUGUAUUUGGAAAGAAAAGGAAAAGUACGUCUUACUGUUUCUUUUGACAAUAAACACAUGAGAACCUC